AUGGAAACAAUCGUCAACAAUGAAGACCUGUUAACGGAAAUCCUUAUCCUCCUUCCUAUCAAAUCCCUCCUCAAAUUCAUGUCUGUAUCCAAGCACUGGCUCGCCCUCAUCUCAAGCUAUCCGUUCUCUAUUCGACGUAGUUCAAACCUCAACUCUGUCGGCGCCGUCUUGGUCCAGGUUGACAAAACACCCCAUUUUCGUCUUUUGAACCUUGAUUCCAGUAAUUCUGAUUCUUUAGCAGCCAAUUUUUUUGCAAGCAAUAAACCGUUCUCGAAAACUAAAAUCCUUCAAUCUUGUAAUGGAUUAUUACUGUGUUGUGAUGAUAGCCCUCCCCCGAAAUAUUUUCAUAGAUUCUAUAUAAAGAAGGAUGAUAUAUACACCUCAAAAAAAUAUUGUGUCUGGAAUCCUACUAGCAAGAAAUAUACUUUACUUCCUCCCCUGCUUCCAUUGCCUUGUUCAUUGCGAGGUAUUCUGUUUCUGCGAGGCAUUACUUUAGCCUUUGAUCCUUCAAAAUCACUGGAGUACAAAGUUGUGGCUGUAUGCCAAUGCGUGCUUUUUGAAAAUUGUUAUCAGAUACAAAUUUACUCGUCAAAAGCUAGAACAUGGAGGGUGUCGGUCAGAUCUUUCAAUCCACAAUAUCCUGUCGAUUUUCUUCGAGGUGUCUUUUACAACGGUACCAUUCAUUGGGGUAGUGAUGUCGGAUGUUUUCGUAAAAUCUGGAGUGUUUCUGAUUUAUGUUUCCGUAGUGAAGAUUGGAGUGGUUCUAAUUUAUACUUCGAUAUCGAUCAAGAGAAACUGAAAACACUGCAAAUGCCACGGGUUCGUGCUCGUGCAUCAUGUGAGAGCAGCUUGGUUAAUUGCUUUGAAGUGUCUGGAGGAGGCCGAUUGCUUCUUGUCCGCAAAUAUAAAACUGCUUCAGAUCCACAAAUUGAUGUCUACCAGUUGCAUAGAGACUUUUCGGGAUGGUUUCUCAAGUACCGCCUUGAUCUUCCUGAUCGUUUUGACGAGUACAGGAAUGUACUGUUUGUUGGGAGUGGAAAUGACAAGGACUCGUUGAUCCUGGUCGAUGCAAAUUGGUUGUCAAUUAUACGUAAAUAUAACUUAAAAGAUAAGAGCUUCGAAGGAUCAAAUAUUGGGUGGUUCAACCUCAGAUCAGCGUAUUAUAGCAACAACUUGAAAGCUAAGGUCCUUCACUAUAUUGAGAGUCUUGCUUGUGUUUGA